AUGUCUCGGCCCUUCGAUACUGAUGAGGGGCGAUCUCCAGGCCAAGCUAAACGCCGUCGUCUGGAUGUGUGUUUGAGUGACCUCACUGAGCUUAGUGACACAGACCAAUCUCGUACAAUUGAAUCGCACGAUGACCAAUCUCAGAUGGACUACGAGUUCAUACAUCAUACACAACUAGAUGUACCUGAAGAUAAUUUAUCCCAACCUAUAUUUUCACCAGAUGCUCUUACCGGAAUAAGCAACUUCGCCACUGAAAGCAACAACGAAAUGCCUAACUCAAGAGUUGAGUCGGAGCGUUCAGAUGACGUACAAAAGGAAAACGAGCUUCCUCAACAAUCCGGAAUGGACCAGGACGAUGUAGUUUGUUUCGGAACGGUGUGCGGGGUUUCGGCUACGUACAAUCAGAUAGUCGAGGAACAAUUGCCGACCUCCUUCAAGGUAAAUCUCGACACGGGUAGCCGAUUCAGUGCCGUGUUGUACAAGAUCAAAGGUCGGAUUCCAAGUGAUCAUUCCUCCAUGGUCGAAAGUCUGUUGGGAGAAAAAUCACUGAAGCUACACACUGAUUGCGUGCUCUAUCAAAGGCAUGAACCCAAGAAGAAGGGUCGACUUUUUCCUAUUCUUCCAUGCUCAUUAAACAUCACUGUAUACGGACCGCUCAACCUGUUUGGCGAAAUAGGCAAAUGGUUUCAGGAAGAUGAUAUAUAUCUUCAAGACCCAGACCUAUGUCACCUUGACACCAGGUAUUGCAAUCCCCAACGAAUGUCGUCAUUUGAUUUUUCAUCAUGCCCAAUGGUAUCCGAGAUCAUUGCCAAUUCCUUCAUCUUGACGCCAAAGGAGCUUCCAGAGCCUUCCGACUUCAUGGAUAUUCUCAGUAGCCAUGUUGAUUUGGAAGAAACUCCACAGCCAUCCGCUAUUAGAGCUGUGCUCAAACGGUUCAUCAAUACUAUCUCUCGUGUGUGUCAGCCUCAUGAACCUCCGCAAUUCUACGGUGGAAUAAUUGCAGACCCAAUGGGCCUUGGAAAGACAUUGACGAUGAUUUCAUUAGUCGCAAUGGAUAUGGAGCCCGGAAGAGAGAUGUGUGCGCCUAUCGAUGACAUACCAACAGACAAACAUGCUGUUGCUGCUACACUUGUGAUCGUUCCACCACCAAUUUUGGGCACAUGGGAGCAGCAAAUUGAAGAUCAUGUCAACGAAGGGGCGUUACACUAUCGGCGCUACCAUGGGAAAUUGAGACUAGCAUUGGAAGAAUUGGACACGGUAAACAUUGUUCUUACUACUUAUCAUACCGUAGCAGCGGAGUGGAAACGAGAUGGUGGGAGGAGAGAGUCACUACUGUUUUCUGUCCGCUGGAAGAGAAUUGUCCUUGACGAAGGGCAUUUUAUUCGCAAUGGCAACUCCAAGAUGGCAGUUGCUAUUUGUGCACUUGAAGGGAUUUCAAGAUGGGUCGUGACAGGCACUCCAAUCCAAAAUCGCCUUGGUGAUCUUGCGAGUCUGCUCAAGUUCAUCCGAGCUCACCCUUACACCGAUCCAAGACGUUUCGAUGCUGAUAUUUCCGGACUGUGGAAGUCGGGCGAGGACGAAGACGCUGUUAGAAGGCUUAAGCGCCUGUCAGCCUGCCUGCUUUUACGAAGAGCAAAGUCGACUAUCAAUCUCCCUGCCCGACAAGAUGUGGUAUACACUGUCGAUUUUAGUGCAGAAGAACGAGUUGCCUAUGAACGUAUAAAACAGCAGACAAUAGUUCGCAUCGAUGAGGCACUUGGCCAAGAAACAGGGACUCGGAAGUCGCGGGGUUAUGUCAACGUUCUUCAACAAAUUGAAUCACUAAGACUUUUCAGUAACCUCGGCCUUUACUACGACUCACGGCAUGAGAAAGUCUCGACGCAAGAAACGGAAGCUGAAGAGUGGAAUGAGAUGGCACAGAAGGCUUUCAAUUCUCAGCGUGUUAUGGCAUCAAUCACAUGCUUCCAAUGCGCAUCCGCUUUUGGCUUGGCAGAUACGCUCCUUGACGACAUGAGUACCAAGGCAGGAACAGCCCAGUACACUAGUUGUCUUAAGUAUAUCUGCAGCGAUUGUGUAGACAGGCUUCUAGAUCUUGGACAGACAUUACCUUGUGGCCAUACCCCGCCUUGCCAGUCAGCCCCUGUCUCUACAAGUAACAUUGCACUUGAAGAGAUAGAUGAUCCCGCCCCCCCUCAACUUCGAACAGCGGCUGUAGCUCCUCCGUCCAAGAUCAGAAGUCUAGUUGAUGAUAUAAAAUUGAGUCCGCCGGAAACCAAGUGUGUUGUUUUUUCGACGUGGAGAUUAACCCUAGACUUGGUCAAAGGGGUUCUCGACCAAGAAGGAAUUCAAAGCAUCCGUUUUGACGGCAAGGUUCCCCAAAAAGACCGACAGUCAGUUGUCAAGAGAUUUGAAUCGGACCCCAACAUCAGAAUUAUGCUGCUGACCCUGACUUGUGGUGCUGUUGGCCUGACACUCACUGCGGCUUGUCGAGCGUAUCUUAUGGAACCUCAUUGGAAUCCGACUUUAGAGGAGCAAGCACUCGCUCGCAUUCACCGCCUUGGUCAGACAAAGAAUGUCACAACCAUUCGGCUAUAUAUUAGGGAUUCGUUUGAAGAACAAGUCAUGAAUGUGCAAGAAUCGAAGAAACAACUUGCAGGUGUCCUUCUGUCUCCACAGGACAGCGGAUAUACUGAUGACAAUCUCGGUGCUCUCGAGGCAAGUUUCUGUAUAUUCUUACGUCUGCGCUCUCUGCUAUAG